GCGAGCGGGGGCAGCGGGGCGGGCGGAACGGGCCGCGCCGGGCCGGGCGGGCGCUGCUGCCCUCCCUCGGCACGGGGCCGAGCCGGGCCGGGCUGGGCUGAGCUCAACCGGGCCGAGCGCAGCCGGGCUGAGCCGGGCUGAGCCCAACUCCGCCGGACCGAGCCGGAGGGCCGAACCGAGCCGAGCCUAGCUGAGCUGAGCUGAGCUGAGCCGAACCGAACCGGGCUGAGCGCAGCCGAACCACUUCGUUGCCUUCUCCGUCCUCCCCCCCGGGAAGGAUUACGCCAGCCCCCCGUGUCCUCCGGAGCUUCAGCGAGUCAGAUGAUGGGGAAAUUUCCUUAAAAAAAAACCAACAAACCAACCAAACAGAACGACAGAGAAAAUCUGGUGGUUAUUGUGCUCUUCUAAGAUAAAUAAAUAAGCCGGUGCGAGUCCGGGGAAAGCAGGGCCCGUUUCCAGGAAUCCCGGCGCUCCUGCGCGUUCCCGGCCCUUGGGGCACGGGGGAGUUUGUGUUUUUUAUAUAACAGGGAGUCCGGCAGCAGCGGAGAGGGGGACCGGCGGGGGAUUUUUUCUCUCCCCCCCCUCCUCUGUACUUCCCUGCCAUGUUUGCUUGGCUUCAUGCACGGCUGCUCCGGCCGGAGCAGGGAAUGGGGCUGGUUUCUCCCGGCUGCGGGUGCCGAGCCCGCCCUUACCUGCCGCCGGGGGAUCCGGCAGGGAAAACCGUGCCGGGACCGGUGGGAAUUGGGGAUUGGGCGGCCGGAGUUGGGAAACCGCCGGAUUUGGGCUAUCGGGGUGGGUGUGGUGGCGGGUCACAGCAGCACGUGCUGACCCCGCCGGGCCUGGAGGGGAGCCGGGUGUUUUCCGAGGGAUGCUGGGUUUGCUUCCUGAGGGAUUCUGGGUUUGCUUCCCGAGGGAUGCUGGCCGCGUGUGUUUUCCAUGGGAUGCCGGCCUGGCCGCCCGCCCUUAUCAGUAGGAAACCGCUCCGGGGUGGAGCUGGAGCUGGCUGCGGCGGGGCGAUCCAGCAUCCGGGUGUUUGGGAUGGAGCUGUGAUUCCAGCCAGCUCUUUUAUUGCUUUUUCCACGCUCCACGGCGCCGAGUUUAGGGCACGUGUGUUCCUGGUCCCCCCCUGCCCCGGCACUGCCUGUGCCGAGGUGAGGGUGCCCCGGUUGCCGGAUUUUGGCGGUGCCGUGGGGAACGGGAAGAGCCCCGUGGGACAAAAUGAUGAAUCAUCGGAGCAGGGGGGACAUUCCCAGGGCCGAGGGUGGGGUGGCUGGAGCAGCACAACCCCACGGGGAAAAAACAGCCCUGCAGGGAAACGGGGCUGGGGAGGCCAUGCCGGGGGCGUCCCCCUAAAAAGCCACAAGUGCUGAGGGUAGAAACACCCUCGUGGGUCUUCCCACAACAUGGGGUGCAGGAGGGGGGAGCUGGAGGCUUAAUGUGAUGGCACAGCAGGGAUCUCAUCCCUGGAGUGCUGUUUCUCCUUUCCUGAGGUGCAGACAGCUGAUGGGGAGGGACAGAGCUGGCACAUCCCUGUCACCUCUGUGCUCCAUCCCUGGGGACAGCUGGAGUUUGUGGGUGGGUUUUUGGGGGCACCUUGAGUUGCACUUGCCCAAAGGGAGCCAUUUUGUAACUCCCCUGCAUGGGGUUAUCCCUCUUCCCACACAAAGAGGAAGUGGCAUCACCUCCAUGAGCCAGGAUGGCACCACUUGGGCCUUUCUGAGCCGCUGUGUGGUCCCGGGGCAGAGGUGGAUGGGAUGCAGCGAUUCCCGGGGCGAGCCGUGGGGUUCGUCACUGGAGGGCUGAAAGGGAAGGUCCCUUCCUGAGCACACAGGAAGCACCUGCUCAUCUUUUCGUUCCCCCCACUGGUACGUACGUGAGGAGCCCCAGUGGUUCCCCCCAGUUCAGUCCAAGGUCGUGCCCCUCCACCUGGGGCUUGGCUUUCGGUCGGAGCAGGUUUUCCAUGUGGAUUCCCAUGGGGUCCCAUGCCAUGGUCAGCCCAGGAAUCUGGGAAGCUGAGCCCUGUGCUCCAGGAUGAGGCCCGUGUCCUUCUCCUCACCUUCCAGGGAGACCCAUGAGUUGGCUGGAGGUGAAGGCAAUGCUUUGCUGAGGAAACAGGGAGUGGGGGAUUCUCCCUUCCUGGAGGCACGGGGGUGGUUUGGGAGGUGUUUUGGGGAGGUAGGUUCUCCAGGGCUGGAGGAGGAGCAUGGGAUGAGCACUGUGGGAUGCCCAAGGGAUUUACAGUGGGUGGUGGGUGGGUUGUCCUAGAUGGGCUCACCUGGGGAAGGUUCAAGGUCUUUCAGUGCCACAUCCCCACAGUCCUAUAGCCUUUCCGAGGAGGUUGUGCCACGUUAAAGUCUCUUCUAAGAAUUGCUCCUGGGGUUUUGUCACCUUUCCUACGAGCGCAUUCAGCUCCAAACAAACUCCCCACGCCCUGUGCUCUGCUUAAAUCCCCUCUAGUUAAAUGGGUGCAACUUUCUUUCCGGAUAAACCUGAAAUGCCCAGCGUGGGGACGGGCAGGGGAGUUUUGGGAGCCUCAGGGACCAGCAAGGGCAGCAGCGCUGGCUCUUGGCCAGGCUGUGUCCUCGGGAUUUUGGUGGAAUCGCGUUGGGUAGGGAAUUUUGAGGAUGAAAUGAAGAGGGAGCUGCAGCCACCCGGCACACAGGGAGCUUUUCCCUGCUCCUGGAUCGCACACCCCAGGGGAGGAGGGAGCUGGUGCCAGCGGGCUUGGCUACAGCUCCUGCCUUAUCUGCAGCAGGGUGGGUGCCACACUCAGCCCCGGCCCUGCGGCUCCUCGGGGAACGCUCCAGGCUCGGGGCAGGUGAAGGGCUCGCCUGGAGAAAUCCCAGCCUGGUGGGAAAAACCUGCGGGCUCCUCCGUGGUCGAACCGGCGCAGCGUGUGCCGGGGAGGCGGCAGUGCCCGUGGCCAGGGCCCGACCCGGCUGCAGCGGCGCCGUGCCAGGGCAGGGGCUGGAUUGGCAGCGGGGGCUCCCCAGAGGCCUGUUUGACCUUCACGGAGCAGGAAAGCGCCGGGCUGAGCCGGGGGGAAGGAGGGAAGAGCAGGAGCCUCUCCUCAGCGGGGUGAGCUCCGUGCCCGGUGGGUGCCCGCGUGUCCCCCCAGCACCAUGGCGUCGCGCAUCGGGCUGCGCAUGGAGCUGAUGAAGCAGCAGGCGCAGCAGGAAGCGGAGCGGGAGCGGGUGCAGCAGCAGAUGAUGAUGAACUACAUGCAGCAGCAGAGGAUGCCCGUGGCCUCCACCCCGGCCAUCAACACCCCCGUUCACUUCCAGUCCCCGCCGCCAGUGCCCGGAGAGGUCCUCAAGGUCCAGUCCUACCUGGAAAACCCCACCACGUACCACCUGCAGAAGUCACGGGACAAGAAGGUUCAGGCUUAUCUCUCUGAAACCUACGGGAACAAGUUCGCUGCCCACGUCAGCCCCGCCAGCCACUCUCCCAAGCCGCCCCCCGCCGCGUCCCCCGGCGUCCGGCCCGGCCACGUCCUGUCCUCCUCGGCGGGCAACAGCGCUCCCAACAGCCCCAUGGCCAUGCUCAACAUCGGCUCCAACCCCGAGCGGGAGUUCGAUGAGGUCAUCGAUGACAUCAUGCGCCUGGAUGACGUUCUGGGCUACAUGAACCCCGAAGUCCACAUGCCCAACACGCUGCCCAUGUCCAGCAGUCACAUGAAUGUCUAUAGUGGGGACCCCCAGGUGACAGCCUCGCUCGUCGGUGUCACCAGCAGCUCCUGCCCUGCUGACCUCACCCAGAAGAGGGAACUCACAGAUGCCGAGAGCCGAGCCCUGGCCAAGGAGCGCCAGAAGAAAGACAAUCACAACCUGAUUGAGAGACGGCGAAGGUUCAACAUCAACGACCGCAUCAAAGAGCUGGGGAUGCUGAUCCCCAAGGCCAAUGACCUGGAUGUGCGCUGGAACAAAGGGACAAUCCUGAAGGCGUCUGUGGACUACAUCAAGAGGAUGCAGAAGGACUUGCAGAGGUCACGAGACCUGGAGAAUCACUCGCGGCGCCUGGAGAUGACGAACAAGCAGCUGCUGCUCCGCAUCCAGGAGCUGGAGAUGCAGGCACGUGUCCAUGGGCUGCCCACCUCCUCGCCCUCGGGCGUCAACGUGGCCGAGCUGGCUCAGCAGGUGGUCAAGCAGGAGGCCAGCGGGGACGAGGGGACGCUGGAGCCACUGCUGCCACCCCCGGACCCCGAAUCGCAGCCGCAGCCGGCGCUGCCCCCGCCGCCCCAGUCUCCCUUCCACCAGCUGGACUUUACCCACAGCCUGAGCUUCGACGACGGCUCCCAGGGCUUCCCGGACAGCCUGGAGCCUGGACACAGCGCUUCCUUCCCAUCCCUAUCCAAGAAGGAGCUGGACUUGAUGCUGAUGCAGGACACGAUGCUGCCCCUGGCCUCUGACCCCUUGUUCUCGGCCAUGUCCCCGGAGGCCUCCAAGGCCAGCAGUCGCCGGAGCAGCUUCAGCAUGGAGGACACAGACAUGCUGUGAUGAGGAGCUGCUGCGAGGACUGGCCCGUCAGGUUUGGGGUGUGAAGUCACAGGACACGCCUGGCAGGAGGAGCCCGUCCUGCCACGCACUUGAAUCUUCCCAGGAGUACCUUUCUCUAUGCAACGGGGGCUCGGGUCGUGCCCGCCGGGUGCCACCGUGUCUUUCUCAGCUUGUUUUUGCCAGGGGCGGGGAUGGACCUUCCCGGCUUGCUGUGGCAUUGGCCUGACUGCAGAUUCCACGGCCUGGGAGCGUGGUGUCGGCUGCUUUGCCUUUCAGCGAAACCCUCCCGGCCCGACCCCCUUCCCCAGGGUGCCUCUGGGAGCCCCCAGCCCCUGGGAGCAGAGGGACGAUGCUCCGAGCUUUGUGUCUGGCUUUGCUGCCUCCUCGCCCCGCUCCGGGAGCCCCCGUUCCCAAGGAGUCUUGUCCAGUGUGGUGUCCGAGCCCCCGAUGCCUCACGGUGCCACAUCCCUCGCGGUUCCUCCUUCCUCCGAGCCACCUCUUGGGGUCACAGGGCUGGGGGCAGACCAGGGGCUCCAAUUAGUUGGAGCACAUUAAUUAACGUGGCACUGGGGUGUUGUCUGAGUGAGAUGGGCCUGAGGCUACAACUUCAGGUGGGUGUUGAGGGCAUCCAGAACAGCUGGGAUGGGGUGUUGGAUGCUCCACCAACCCCCUGCUGUGACCCCACCUUGUGGGGGGACCCCAGCUCGGGGUUAGGCAGCACCCACCACCCCAGAACCUCGCUGGCCUCUGGACAAGGGCUGGACACGGUGUCAGGUGACCUCCAGCCUCCCUUGAGAUGCCCCCCCAGAGGUGCCUCUGCCCUGUGACACGGAGCCCUGGCUCUUUGCUGGAAGCAUAAAGGGGUUUCACACUGUUUUGGGGAUACCUGUUGAAGGUCCUGCCCCAUGUGGGCACAAAGGUCUGGGCUGUGACCAGGGAAUGGUUUGUACCAGUUGCCAAACUGAGCUGCUGCUCCCUCUGCCUUGGACUCGGGGGGUUGUUUCUCUUCCAAGUGUCACCAGCUCGUUCCCCAGCCGGGAUGGCUCCGUGCUGGGGAUCUGCUUUGGGCUCUGCCUCUUCUGCCUUCCCAGCCUGGGAGGUGGCUAGGAGGGAGCUGGGAAGGGCAGGGGGACACUGUUCACAGGGAAAAUACUGCAUGGAUUUAUUCAGGGAGAGGAGGGAAGGGGGGGGAGAGGAGACCCCCUUGGCAACCAUCACCCUCUGGGCCGUGGGUGCCCUCGGGGAUGGGGCUCCCUGAGUGCCCCCCAUCCUGGACCAGGGAUGGGGGAUGUGUGGGGUCAGGAAAGCCCAGCCAAGGUGGGGCAAACAUGCCCCAUCGUGGCUGGAUUUGGGAUUGGAAGUGGGGGACAGCCACAGUGCCCCCCUGGAGAGGUGCCUGUGGGGUGUGAGGGUGUGGGGAAGUGCAGAAGGAGGGGAGGGGAGGGGGAAAGAAGAGGGAGGAGGUGUUGGAGUGGCCCUGGAGCGCUGGGACAGGGCAGGGGCCAGGAAGGAGGGUGCUGGGCGAGGGGCCCUUGGUUUGAGGAGCUGUUGGGUUUGAGGGUGUUCACAGGAGGCCUUGGCACCCUCUGUGUGCUGCCGUUAGUGCCUGUAAAGAGAAUUAUCCCCUGGCAGGGUGACAGCACCUGGCGCUGUGCUGGGUCCCUGGGGAUGGGGGAUCCCUGGAUCUGGGCACCCCAGAGGGGCUGCGUGGCUGCCUCAGGGCAGGCCUAGGAAAUCCCGUAGGAAAUUGGGAUUGUCGUGGCUUUAGGGUGGUUCUGUUGGGCCCUCAGGCACCGACAGGACUCAACCAGAGCACGAGAUGUGGCGUCUCCCCCAGCCGUGAGUAAACAGUUGUGGAUUAUAAUUAUUAUUAUUUUUUUUUUAAUCUUUUGGGGGUUUUGUUUGUUUUUCUCUUUUUUUUUUUUUUUUAAAUGCACUGUGCUCUGAUUAAAAAAUUUUACUACUGUUUUAUAAAUAAAUGUAUAAAAGAAUGAACUGGAAUGGAAGAAGAAUCAUUAAAAUAUAUUUAUUUACAACA